GCUUUCUGAAAAUAUUUGUUCCCAUGUAUAAAGAUGUCGUUAGUGGACCUUGGGAAGAGGUUGCUAGAAGCAGCUCGCAAAGGGGAAGAUGAUGAAGUUAGAACAUUAAUGGCAAAUGGUGCUCCUUUCACCACUGACUGGGGUCAAUUGCUGGUUGGCUUGAUCCCUUGUGGCAGAGCAUACCACAGCCAUCUCUCUGGAUUGGGUGACUCCUGCCAGGAGCUGCUCUCCAGGUCCCAUGCUUGGGACAUCACCUCUUCACCUCGCGGCCCAGUAUGGCCAUUAUUCAACAGCAGAAGUGCUGCUUCGAGCAGGUGUUAGCAGAGAUGCUCGAACCAAAGUGGACAGGACCCCUUUGCAUAUGGCUGCAGCCGAUGGACAUACACAUAUUGUAGAACUGCUAAUUAGGAAUGGUGCUGAUGUAAAUGCCAAGGAUAUGUUGAAGAUGACUGCCUUACACUGGGCAACAGAACACAACCAUCGAGACGUUGUAGAAUUGCUUAUAAAGUAUGGAGCUGAUGUUCAUGCUUUCAGCAAGUUUGAUAAAUCAGCCUUUGAUAUAGCCUUGGACAAGAACAAUGCAGAGACUCUGGUAAUGCUGCAGGAGGCAAUGCAGAAUCAGGUAAACACGAAUCCAGAGAGAUCAAAUCCUGUCACAAAUACAGUGACUGUUGCCUCACCAUUUAUCCUUGCAUCAGGGGAAGUUCUCAAUCUUGCUAGUUUUGUUUCUUCAGCAAACACCAAACCAACCUCAGGUGAUUCCCAUGUAUCUACAGUGCAGUUUUCAAACUCAACAACCUCUGUGCUUGCCACACUUGCAGCCCUCGCUGAAGCAUCUGCUCCCCUUUCCAAUUCAAAUAGAACUACAGCUAACACAGAAGAAAUAGUGGAAGCAAAUUGUGUAGAUUCUGCCAUACAACAGGUGGUUGGCAGUGGAGGUCAACGAGUCAUUACGAUAGUAACAGAUGGCGUUCCACUGGGCAGUCUCCAGACAACCAUUCCUACUAGUGGUAUCAGUCAGCCGUUUAUAGUGACCAUGCAAGAUGGACAGCAAGUUCUAACUGUACCUGCUGGUCAGGUUGCAGAAGAGACAGUUAUUGAAGAAGAAGAUGGUGAUAUAGAAGAGGAAGAACCUCCACCAGCGAAGAAGCAAAAAGUUGACCAAAAUUUAAAUGAUUUGGAGGAAAACAAGGACGAUAAUGAAAGGGAAAUGUUACAGCAGCAGUUGCAUGAAGCGAACCGAAAGGCGCAAGAAUAUCGCAGCCAGCUAAUGCAGAAAGAACAAGAAGCAGAGCAAUACCGGCUAAAGCUUGAAGCCAUGGCAAGACAGCAGCCCAAUGGUGCUGAGCUUACAGUGGUCGAAGAGGUUGCUGAGGUGGAUGCAGUUGUGAUAUCGUCAGAGGAAACGGAAAGGUCUGCAGCCUCAGUAGUGGAAACAGCGCAGCCUACUGACAUUGUUGUGGAAACUGUGACAUUGUAACAUGGGGAUUAUCAACUACGUUUUUAAAAGAAAAAAAAACCCUUAUUUUAAAGGAGGUGCUGUUGACAAGCAACAUUGUGAGCUAAGGGGUUUAUUGAAGAACCUCCAUGCAACUGGAAUAUUGAAGAACUGAACUGCUUGUGUGGUCCCAUUCAGAGAGAUGAAAUCUCUUCUGCAACUCAUAACAUUAAUUUUCUUUGAACACAAACCCAAAGGUGCUUUUAUAGUUUGGUGUUGAGAGAGAGAGAGAGAGAGAGGUAUAUUUUUUAAAGAAUCUUAAUACAUUUAGCCAGCAAGUGGCCUACAAACCUAUUUUAUGACAUAGGCCUAUGAUGUGGGAAGAAAAAGGGUGGGUGGGGAAAGAAGUACCUCAUUGCCAAAGUAGCUGGUAGUAGCACUCAGCUGCCCUGAAUUUACUGCACUGAAAACACAUUUUAUGCAAUGACAUAUUUGCACCCUGUUUGUAGUCAUCAGAUUGGAAACCACAAUUUGGAAUCUCAAACAAAUAAUUUGUUUGGGGAUACAAACUUUUCAUUAAAGCUGGCUUUUAUUGGAAAGCGAACGUUGCUGAGAUGAAAACACUAUUGACGGCAUCUUCCAAAACCCUUUGAGAGAAGGCAGAAGAAAAUGGCUUGGUCUUUGCAGAUGAGACAUUUCUUUCAAAAUGAAUCCAAAAUACAAUACUCCUUCAAGAACAAACCACAGACUAAGAUUGCAUAAGCUUUAAGAUUCAAGCAAUUUGAAGUAUCAGGGAAUAUUAAAACUGCCUUUUAGGUCUCUCUUUUUCCAAAAGGAAGAAAAGAGCUAUCUACAUUUUGAACCCUUUAGUACCUAACAUGAUACCAGGUAAAAAUUAGACCCUUCAGGUUUUUGAAACUUGGUCAGGUUUUUUAGCAUUUUUGUGCUAAUACAGUAGCAUCAACUCUGCUUACAUAUGCAAAAUGAAAUAUAAAGUUGUUUUAUAGACAGUCGGGGAGGUUAAUAUGUUUGUCUCUGUUUGGGAAGUGGGUAGGCAUCUCACAUCAUUACUAAUCAAAAUUGUCUAUUUAAAAUAUGCUAAAAUGGUUUGGUUUUUUUAAACAAGUGACUGAACUUACUAUUAAACGUUUAUGGGUAUCUUUCUUUACUAUUGCUUGCAGACCCAUAGAGUAAAGAAGUUAUAUGUGUUGCCUGUUGCAGGCUGGGGGAUUGUAUUUUAAAAUGAGUGAAAUGUAUCACAUGCAGAACUGUCUUUUCAGUUACAGGACAGAUGCAAAAUUAUUGGAAGUGCUGUGAGUAGCUGUGGGAAGUAUUAUUUGUCUUAAUUAAUGAUGAUGAGUAAAACAAAUUUAAAUUGAAAAACUUAAUAGAAUGUAGCCUGACCAGUUUCCUGUAGAGUUUUAAAAAGUUUAAAUCACUUCUAGCUUAAACUGACAUGCUGCAGAAACUCUUACUGCUUUCUUGACAAGUUUGAAAAAUCUGCCUUCCUUUUCUAAGGCAAGUAUCAUUAAAUUCAUGGUUUCAGUUUGCAUAAUGUAGUGUCUCCUACAUACUUCCAUGCUUAUGUUAUGCUAUUGUGAGGACUGGCAGUAUUCAUGGUAGUUAUUUAAUUUCAUGGUUGCAAAGGUCUGCCUUAUGGUGUUUCUCUUAUUUCCUAUGGUGUGUCCCGAUAAUAUGGUUUUGUGUAGAUACAGGUACCUCUUUCAUGACAUUUCUUUUAAAACAGACAUACCCAUGUUAGAACAUCUGAGAUGAGUGACAUAGAGAGAUGCUUUGAUCCGCAAAGUUACUAACUUCUGGAGUCCUGAACUGUAAUCCUGGGCAUGGUCACAGAUAAAGAUGUGUAGGCUUCUGUGUAGAGAAGACUGAUUCACAUCAGGAAAACAUGGCCUAUGUUAGACUGCUCAAGAAUUAUUUCAAAUUGGUAGCAGUGAUGUUGCAGGUCAUAUCCUGGGAGGAGCCAUGUUAAGCCUAUUUGAAUCAGGUUUUGCUUUGUGCAGUGCUGCUGUUCUUUCAUACUCAUGAGCAUGAGAUAAGUGUACGUUUCUUUAAAAUGUAACUUCAGCCUAUCUUAACAGCUCGAAUUCUUAAGUCUAAAGUAUUUACGUCCAUGUGCACCCAAACAUUUGAUCUGUUUUUCUGCUAAAAAUGAAUUGCCUCUGCUCGUUCAACAAAUGUGAGAUGCUUCAGUCUCAAACAUGAAUUAUGUUUGACUAUGCAUUAUGGCCUAAAAGCUCUAUCUGUACAUAUAGUGCUAGAGUCUUCCAUUACACCCUCAUUGGAUUGAAUGUUUGAAAUAGAGCAGAAUUUGGUAAACAUCCACACUGCAGAAUACAUUAGCUGUUGUGAUCCCUCCUUCUGGGGCAUCUGGUAUUGGCCACUGUCAGCAGACAGGACACUGGGCUAGAUGGACCUUUGGUCUGACCCAGUAUGGCCGUUCUUACAUGUGUAAGUUGUAUUUAUUCUGUACAUAUGCUUACAGUGCAAAGCUUCUAGGUAGUGCAGAUAGUAUAUUGUGCCUUUAGAAAUGAAGGAAGAAAAAAUAUCCAUUAUAAUGCUGGAUUAAUAUAAAACUCAAAUAGCCUAAUUUGGUAGUUUUGAUAGAAAAAGAAUUAUGACUUCUGAACAGAGAUGUUGCCUGCAUUAGUAGAAAAAGCAUUGUUUAGUUUUCAUUUGAAAGAAAGAAUUGUAGAAAUUAGAUCUUUUCAGCUCUGUUUGGUUGAGUCCAUAUCCCUCUCAAUAUAAGACUACUAUGUUUUCUGAGGUUUUGCUCAGUCUAAUGCUAAAUGGCACAAAAUGGGGGUAUCUACCAGUUGUGGAAUAAUUUCCUUGUUAAUUUUCCAUUGUCAGGGAGUUUUUCUUACUGUCUGGGCUUUUAGUUUAUUUUGUGGAGUUCCCCAUCCUCCCCCAAAGUGAUUAUUGGUUGCUGGAUCAUCUCUCUCUGAUCAAAUCUUGGCAUCUGAUUAUGCACAGUUUCCAUAGAAGCCAACGAGAGAGACUUUGGCUUUUUGUUUUGUAGAUGAUACGUGUCAUGUAAAUUUUCCUCUCUUUAGGACUUGUGGAUAAAAUGUGAAGGGACCCAGACAUUUAGAAUCAAGCGAACCGCUUUGGACAGCAACUUCAGAAAGCCAAAGAAGGGUAAAAAUCUCUUUGAUGAAGCCAAUCACUGCUAAAAUAUCAUUGUGACACUUGGCAAUGCUCAGAUUCCUUCAUUGGGCACUGUACAAACACACAGAAUGUAAUCCCUACCCUAACUAGGGAUCUAAGAAAGGACAAACCAAGUAAAGGUUGGUCAGCGAUAUUAAAUCCAGUUAAAAUAUUUGUUAAAAUUAAUGUAAAUGAAAUUAGAUCCUUUUUGGAAUGUUGCAUUUCAUCAUACUUCAAAGCUUCUCCCUGGGACGUGUGAUAAAUGCAACAAAUAAGAAUCAAAAAGCAAGACUGAGCAAAAGAGGUGAACCCUCUCAUAGCUGGAUUGGGGAUAGGAAAUAAACUAGUUUGUAAAAUGGAGGGAGGGAAAUUGGAGGAUGUGAGCCAAAGUCAGGGUUUGUUGAAGGGUUACACGUGUAAUCUGAUGGACACUUGCUGUUUGCAGAACAUACAAGUCAGUGUAUUCUGCCACAGUACAGAAAGAUAUGACAGCAUCAAUGUCCAUGUUAGAACACAGCACACAGUGAAUUCAGUGCCAUUUUGACUUGUAAUUUAUAUCCAUUUUUAGGCCAUAACCCUUAUAAGGAGGCUGGUUGUACCAUUAGUGCAGCUACACCAAAAGUAGGAAGUGUCCCAUAGUCAUUUAAUUUAAUAUAGUGGGCCAGAGUCGCCCAUGCUAUAACCCCUGUAAAUGAGUGGAGUUACCUAGAUGAAGUUGGCUGUAUUUUCAUCACUUACUUUAGUGCAAUUAAAACUUAACAGUCCAUAAAUUUCAGAAACAUUUCCUGUUUUUUUUCUUUGAAAUAUUGUGCAAUGUAAAGAUAUGCCCUAGCAAUCCAGUCCAAGCUGAAAUUGUGUAUGUGGUGUGGAUUAUUUUCUUAUUUUAAAACAGCUGGCUACAUUUUAACAGUAUUUUAUUGGUUGUUUUCACCAACAGCUUUAGGAAAGACUUAUGAAACUACUUUUUGUAUUGUAAAAACUGCCAUGGGACUUACUGGUUUUAUGUAUCAAAAUGCAUUUAUUUAUAAGCAGUGUAAACUAUUUAUAAAAGACUUUAUAUCUUUUCAAAAAAUGUUUUGAGGAAGGCUUUAAUAAUGAAAAUAUGGAGAAACAGGACUCUUAAUUAUUUUACACUUUCACUAUAUGUCAAUAAGAGAACUAGUGUUUUCUCUGAAUUGGAAAAUACAUUCUUUCCUUUGCUUUGUUUUCUGUACAUAUUACAAUAGUCUGUUCUGAGUUGAAAUUCUUUUAUACACUGUGAAAUUGCAUCAGAAGGGGUAAUACAGAGAUAAAUUGAUUUAGUAAAAUGCUUAUAGGUUUAAGGGGCACUACCAAGUUGAAAAUUACAUUUGCCUCAAAAUUGUGCCUACUAUUGUUUCUUGUAAGAUCCAAGAUUACAAUCACUGAAAAGCUAGCAAAAAAGAUCUGCAUUUGACAGCACUUUGUGUAUAGUAAUUUUCAGUGUUUCUCAUGUGUCUUACUUUUGCUUAAAAGACCCAUCUGUUGGGAAAUGGAAUGCCUGCUCCCCAACAUGCAUGUGUACACACGUGCUUGCAUGCUCUUGCUCUCAAAAAGGUUCCUAAUGUACUGUUUAAAAGUUCUGGAAUUUUAAGUGUCUUUUUUUUUUUUUUUUUAAAGCACACAGUAUUCUGUUCAUGUUUUGUGGUGUGAAAAAUUCACCAUCACUAUGUGUUACAAGUUUUCACACCCCAUGCUUGAACUAAGACUACAGCACAUUAUAGAAGCGCAGCAUUCAAAAAGACAAUUUCAAACUUGUGCAUGCCUUUAUCCAUGGCAUUUAUAUGAUGAUCACUGGCCUUUGAACAAAGAGGCACUGAUAUAUUCUGGUUAGCACAAGGUGGGGUCAAGCUACAUAGAUUUUUUUUUUUUUUGUAUGGGCUAUUCCUAAAUAAGUGGAAAAAAUGUACAGAUUUGUCUUGGGCCCAGAUCCUGCCAACAUGUAUGCAUAUAAGUAACGUUAUGCAUCUGAAUAGUCCCUUUGUAAUUAUGCCUGGGUGUUCACAGGAUCAGGGCCUGUAUUAGCUCAUCUCCUCCAAAUCCUACGGAUUUUUAAUUGAGCAAUAAAGGAUUACACAAAGUUUAAAAAGCUAAAAUAAGACUUUCAUCUUAGCUUGUGUGGGCAGAAAGGGAGCUGUCUGUAUAAAGCACUUUAAAAAAACCCCAUAAUCCUCCUACACAUCCUGCCUGAAUUUCCAGUUUACAAGUUUGGUCUUAUUUUUUAUUUUUAAUUUUUGAGUGGGAGAGGCAGGAGAAAUUUGGGUUCAAAAGAACAUUAUUCAAAAGUGUAAUUUUAACUUACUUGGCUUCUCCCCUUACGUAUUAAGACAUUUUUAGGUGACUAAACAGCACCCUAAUAGAGAAGUAGUCCAGAAUGGAAACAAAACAUUGAGCAAUUUAAUGGAGCUAUACCCACAGUACUUACUCAGAUAAAACUCAUUGUAAUCCAUGAGAUUUGCCCGAGUUCUGACUGAAGUGAUCAGGUUUCCACCUGCAAUUGAUUCUAAUUCAUAUCUAUUUAACAUGUUUCUCAUAUGAGAUUAACAUAAUCUGGUUGUAAGCGGGAUAGAAAAUUGUAUUGUGGCUUUGUGUCUAUUUCUAUACUUUUGUAAUAUCAAAUAAUGAUCAGUUGUUCCAUUAUUAAACAGUGAAUUAAACAUUGCAAAACUUCACCAAAGCAGAGAAGAAUGUUGUGCACCCAAAAAUCUCUUAAGUACUCCAGCUACAGGUUUAGAGGAGUAAUACAUGCCGUUCUGGUUCUGUGUGUGAACACAUUUUUUAUCGUAGACCAGUGUUCUUGCAGAGAGUUCUACCAGAAUAGUUAUUCCCCUGUAGUUAUGCUGGGAAACGUCUCCAUCUAGACAAAAGCCUCUACAUUACAUUAACAUUUCAGUAAAAGACCUGCAGUGUGACCAUGGCUAGUCCCUUAUCAGCUGACUUAGGCUCAAACUGUAGAGCUAAAAAUCACUGAGCAUGUGGUCUGGCUUCCGCCUGACCCCCAAAAUUGAAUUUUUUUGGCUUGCAGCAGGUGCUACGAGCUCUUCAGUUGACUCAGGCUCUGAAACUUGGUGCUGUGGGAUUUUUAUUGCAGUAUAGAUGCA